CGAGGCUCUCCCAGGCGUCACUGCGGAGCUUUCGGACGCAGGGGUGCGGGGGGUCUGGCCUGCUGCCGCCACCUAGCGGUGAUCGGCCGCCACGACAACGCGAGGCGGCCCCCGGCACACAACGAGCCACACCUGUGGGUGUGCGCGAUUCGCGUGGCUGCCGACCGAGUGCGCGUUGCACAGUCGCGUCAGGUCGCGCCCAGGCUUUGAUAACAGCGGCAGUGUGGGUCCACAAUGACGAAGGCGAGGGUGGCAAAAGACCACAGUCACGUCUGGAGACGGAACACACGUGGGAAGCGUGUUGGCAUGUCGUUACUUGUGUUUAAAAACAAAAAACAAACAAACUUUCAAACUCAAAAGUGGUCCACGCUGAUUGACGCACCAAAACCACCUGUGCGUUCGGGGACAACGUGAAACCUCAGCUGAGACCGGCGACUCUCUGAAGUUCGCCCUUGAAGUCCUCUGGAAUGAAAUGUCGCGGAUAAGUCAGACCACACCGCCGUAUCCGACAGAGGGUCACCCCGUGACAAACCUGACUUUGGUCGUGCUUCUGCUCAUUCCCUGCGUGGUUGUCCUGCUUCUGCUGAACUGCCUCUUCCUGGGUUACAAGCUCCUGAUCCUGUCAAAGAGCGGCAGCAGACAGAAGCGAGCGGACACGGAGGAGAUGCUUUUGCAGUCCACCCUGCAGAGGAUCAGAAGACUCUCCGACGUGGCCUUCCCCCCGCUGCAGGACGGCCGGAGGGCUUACAUGUCUGUGUCGGAGCCUGUCCUGCCGCGCCCCGUCACUUCCUCCCGGGCUUCGUCCAGGGAGAGGGCCGGGGUGGACCACAGGAUCCGGCUCUUAAGGCCAGAUGGCGCCACCGGCUCGGGGUCACUGAGGGCGCCCAGCACCAUCCGGGCCACUUCCUCUGCAGCGGGUUUCACCCCCAGGCGCGACCUGCCCUCCGGCUCACGGGCGCACGGCGUCAGUAAAGCGGGCGGCUGGAGAAGCGCACCAGUUCUGCCGCAGUCCAGCGAUUCGGAGGCUGAGACCAGAAUCAACCUCGUUCCGCCAAACUCGCCCACGCAGGAGACGGAGCAUGUCGGUUACAUUUGUCGGAGCAGCACGUACGAGAUGCUGACAGAUGCGAACCCCGGUGCCGCGGCGCACGCGUUCGACAAGGCCGACGCGGAGUGCGGGUAUGGCGACCCGCCCUCGGAGACGUCCCGCCUGAACGCGUCCGCGGUAGGCCCUGGACUGGACAGCGACUUUGGUGCGAGUGCAGGUGUCUCCCUGCGGAUUUUGUCGGCGGACAGCGACGGUCUGUCCAACGGCGUGCUGGCCUCAGCUUUGGAGUGGGAUUAUUAUGACCCCUGCUAUGUCAAACAGAAUAAUGUACCCAAACAUAAACACCCCAGGCCUGCAAUGCGCACUAAACAGUACUGGGUGUGAUAUGAGCAGUAGUUUUAAUGUGUUUUUAUGUUUUGACUUAUUUAAUCUUAUUUAAAUAACUUAUUUACUUUUUUUUGGAAAGAGAUUUAAUGUAUUUAGAUUGUCUCACUAAUAAUCAAUAUGACUUUACACUAGUUUGAUUUGACUUUUAAUGAUAAAUGCACUCUGCCACUGAAGUUGUUCAAAUCGUGAAACGCACCUUCGUUUACAUCACUGUGAAAAGUUUACGGUGCACCUGUCACUUGUGUUACUGUUAAUCACUGACACUAUUUUGUAGCCACAGGGCUGCUCUGCCAGUUCUGGAUUUCAUAAACAUUCACAGUAAGAUUUAUACUCACUGCUAUUGUUUGAUAUGUUUUGAUUCACUCCGACCAAUAAAGACUAAUUUAGAAUUGAA